GGCUCGGGCGUUGCCUGGAUACAACAUAACAAAUACGCACCUUGACACAGCUGUAUGUAACCGAGAAAGAGAGCAAAGUUUGUCAGGUGUUUUAAUUAAAAUAGUACUUUUAAAUUGAAUUACUUGGUAAUAUAUAUCAAGUAAAAAUGGCGUUGGUGGUUCAGUAUGGCCGACGGAAAGGCUCCAGUAAGAGAGCAUCUUCCUCCGAGGAAGGCAGCCAGAUGAUCCAGCCACCAGACCUCCAACAAGUCACCGUCUUUAGCAAGAGGGAAUGGCGGAGCAUUCAAGAUGAGCUGAACCAGGUUAAUAGAGACAAGGAGAGUAUGAGAGAGGCAGCAAAGGAGAGGGAGGCCUUGCAUUUGCAAUCCCAAGAGGUGGUGAAGCUGUGGUCCAAUACCAUCACUGGUCAAAGGCAAAAAAAACUAGAGGCAAAGAAGAUCCGGGAGGAGAUUGAAGAGGAGAAAAGGAAAGUGACUGAUCAAGAAGAGGCCAAGUAUCAGGAGCAGCAGCGGAAAGAGGCCAAUGACAAAGCCAAAAGUCAGCUGUUCUAUCAAACAGAUCGGGUUAAAGGAUUACAUCGUGCCCUCUUAGUGACAGAGGUGCUGACGGAAAGGGAGGCACAGAUUAAACUGAAACAAAGGAUCAAGAAUGCCUCUAAAGCUGUCGACAAAGAAUUACUGGAUAUGAUGAAGACCAGAGAGGACGAAGCCUUGAGACAGGAGCAGGAGAAAGUCCUUCAGAAAAAGCUCAGGGAACAGGCUGUUGCAGAGGACCUAAAAAAACAGGUCAAGGAAAGUGAGCGAGUGAGAGAGCGACAGAAGAUAGAGAAACAGAAGGACAGAGAGGAAACCCAACGCCUUCAAGAGCUCCACCAGUUGGAGCAAAGAAUGGAGGAAGAAAGGCUAGCAGAGCUGAAGAGAUACCUUUUGCACGCUCACAUGGAACAUGUCACCAAUAUGGACCUCAUAAAAGCGACAGAUGCACAAAAACAGGAGGCGGAAGAGGAGCAACGGAAACUUUUUGUCUCUGCAAAACAAAAAAUGAUGAAGUUACGGAAAGACAAAGAAAAGGAAUUGUUCAGAGAGGCACAAAUGCAAAGAGAGACGGUCACAAAGAAGCUGGACGACACACAGCAGGGUCAAAGCGGCCGAGAGGAGCAGAGGAUCGCGAGGGCUGCUGCUGAGCAGGAAGUGAAAGAGGCACAACGGCAGAGGGAGGAGGAGGAGAAGAAGGCCGCCAUGUUGGAGUCAAUAGCUGCACACAGAGAACUCUUGAGACAAGAAAAGGAGCAGAGGGACAGAUCAACAAAGGAGAACACCCGAGACACACUUCAGGCCAAGAAGGAGGCCGAUAGAAUAUUCUCUGAGAAACAACAACUGAAGGCUCGGAGGAUGAAAGAAGAUGGAAGAAAAAUACAAGACUUCAAUGCCACACAAAUGGCUGAAAAGAGUGCCAGGCAUCAGCAGCUGAGAAGAGACCAACACGAGUUCGAAGAGAAGAACGCAGAGCUCAUGGCUGAAGACGAAAACCAGUUUCAACAAUAUUCACAGCACAUCAUCAGAGCAGCGGCAGAGGCUCAGCGGAAUGUGUUUGCACUUUGCAAAGCCGCGGAGGAAGGGAUCGGAGGAGGGCACGGUCCAGUUUCUCGCGGGGUCAGGCCGACCUACCUCGUUCAGGACCUCACCGAUGCUCAAUUGCCCACAUAUGUCUCUGGUGCAACGCAGAACAUCAAAAAGUUAAAUGAGGCCGAUGAUAUUCUCGAAGCAAAGAGGAGACUUGGGUUUACGUGGUCGUAGGUCACUCCAAGCGGGCAAUUCUGGGUUCAAAGGUUGAAUAAAAUUCUGACAGAGGCGGCGUCUCAAAUCACUCACUACUCCGUUCAUAAUAGACACUCAACAGUGUCUUGUGUAAGUGAAUAGUAAAUUGGGGCUAUGAUUGGGAUUCAUGCAUCGUCAUUGUACCGGAAGCUAACCCAGAGGUAGAGGUAAAAGAGGCUGAGCCAUGUCAGUUUCACAUUUAAGAGUGCACUAUUUAGUAAAUAUGGAGUGGCUUUUGACAGUCAGAUAGCUGGGAUGUGUUACAUGUACGAGUGUUCUUUAGGUACAUGAAGUAGAGCAAUGUGUGAGACAAUGUUCUCUGAAUGUUUUAGUCGGAAUGCUCGACAGUCCAUACAUGAUGUCGUGAGAUCAAUAACACAGAUAGUUGUUUGAAAUCAAUCACACAAAAAUAAUGGACCCUAACAUAACACCCAAACCAAGCAAUUAAUCCCCACUGCAGUUCCCUGAACCAGGCAAUGGAUGACAAAAAGUUAGCAGUCCAAUGUAUAAUCUCCUGUAAUUUGUUCACUGUUGAUUAGAUGCAAUUUGGGCCUCCAGUGGCUUGUGUUUAUGAAAGCAUUUAGAGAAUAAUAAAACCGCUUAUUCAAAUC